AUGGAAGUUCGCUAUCCACUCGCAUUUUGUGAAGCAAUUUCCGUAGUGCGCAAUGAAGCUACUAACAAGUUGUUCCGAGUCGUCUUUUUGAGCGGCGUUCUUGUGGUAAAGGAUCAGAAUGCUUCUCUGUGGUCUGAUGGCGGACCUCGCAAGGCGAAAGUAAUGCUUGCUGCCAUGCACCUCGUAGGAGACUUCAUCCUCUAUCAGCCUUUUCAGGGGGUCGCGGAGACAAGGCCCCUGGCCUUUUCUGACGAGCAGAAACAAAACGGGCAAAAUUGCGAGACAUAUGUGGUCAGGCCCUGUGGCGUGCUGCACAAGAAGAAAAAGGGCAUUAUCACGGCCAGAUGCCUUAACAAGUUCGUGAUCGGCGUAGCUGAGCUGGCGGCGGCAAUGAUCGAGAUCGGUCUGAAGAGAGAUUCUAAGGACAGGAUAAUUCAUGCAGCGUUGUUGGAGAAAGGAAAAGCUGUGCUCCAGAAAGCCAGGUGA